CAGCCACUUGCAGGACAGCUGUAGUCUGUGUAGAACGCGGUCCAGUAGUGAAGUUUGUGCAGUGCAAGAGAGAGGACGUUGGAGAGAUUUGUUGUCAAUGGUGGUAAUCGGCUAGGUGUGUUCACUAAAGGCCACUGGCUUGGCCAUAAGUGCAGCCAAAAUGGAUCAGCCGCCGAGGGUAGAGCUGGUUGAGCCCGAAAACUCGGACGACGUUUCGGGUAUAGAGAGCCUUGAUCUUGACGCAGACACGAUAAUAGUGAAAUUUCAAUCCGGGCUUUUUUCGGAAAGGCGCUUGGUAUCCAAGUUCGACACUUCCUUGGGUGUUCUGACCGAGCAAGCUUGCGUAUUUCUGAACCACUUUUUCCCGAACCAUGCAUAUGUCAACCUGGCUCCCAACAUCCUGCUUUUCGCACGAGGACUGGACGGCGAUCCAGAGAGCUUGACCCGUUUGCGCAACUUCGACCAAAUCCAGGAAGUUGUGGAGGUGGCCGUUGUGGUUGUCCUGAGCGAAGAUGCUCGCGAGGCCACAGAUAAGCUCAAGUCGCAUACCCUUCAUGUACAUUCGUACAAAGCGCCAACUUUCUGCGACUACUGUGGUCAGAUGCUGUUUGGUUUAGUACGGCAAGGAUUUCAGUGUAUUGAUUGCCACUACAACUUUCAUAAACGCUGUGCUCACAAUGUGCCCAACAAUUGCAGUGGCCAGCCUGACAAGGAAGCUGAACCAGGCACAGCACCGGCUGCUGGUGUUGAUCCUAGGCAACAAAGACGCCCAUCGUCUUGUGCAUCAGAGUAUGGAGGACAACAACGGCGUGGCUCUAAUACGCCAACAAGCAACAGGCGAGCAUCUGAAAGUGUUUCGCCGAACAGUCGCCGCACAAUGUCCGAGGAGACCAGUGAGGAGCUCAGUAGAAGUCGUUCUGUGUCCCUAGGUAGACCAGCCUGGAUUGACCGCGCACUGCUGGAAAUGCCUGACUCUCGGCCAACUGUGCCGCAUCGUUUUGCCGUUCACUCGUUCAAGAAGCCGACAGUGUGCCGCUACUGUAAGAAGAUGUUGGUUGGUCUCUUCAGACAGGGCCUGCAGUGUAAGGACUGCAAGACCAAUGUUCACCGCGGAUGUCUCAAGUUCAUUGCCGACUCCUGCUCCUCCGAAAUCCUGCAAGAGGUUAUGCACAAGAAGAGUGCUGAGCGUCUACUGGAAACAGGCUCUACAGGCGGCGACAUAACAUCUGAAGACGGUGAUAUUGAUGUCCCCGACGACACAGCAGAUGCUGACACAAUGACGGAAGCAGCAGAGCUUCCCAGUGAGAAUAUCCCGCUACAGCGUAUCUUCAUGUCACAGCGCAAGAGUCGCCGUACUGAUCCUGAGCAUCUUCUCUCCGGCUGGGUGCUGUACUGUACAUCGGAAAACCCACAGCGUCAGCUUCGCUUCUGGUCUCUAUCCACGCGGUGUUUAUACAUCUGCGAAACAGAUCGUGCUCGAGCCUCUCCCAAGCUGGAAUCUAUUGCGCUAUCCUCCUUCAUGGGUAUCUGCAAUGCCACGGAGGUGAAGCUAAAUCAUCAUGUCUUUGAAGUCGAGAUCCAGAGAGGAGACAACAAAUGUGUCUUCUACAUCGGAGAGCGCGUCUCAACUCCCGAGGAGUGCUCCAUCUUCAAGAUGGCUUCUAACCCGCCUACUGAGGUGUUUUCCAAUAAGAGCCAGGCAUCGUUUUCGCAGGCCCUCAAGGUUUCCUUGACCCAACGAGCCACGGAGUCAUGGAGAGAGACCCUACUGAAUGCCAUGCAUCCAGUCAGCGGUCGUGAGAUCAAGUCCAUGCCGUCUGGCCCUGAUGACCGCAAGAAGGACAUCUCCAGUGUGUACCAGGUGUUCCCCGAUGAAGUACUUGGCUCUGGUCAGUUCGGUGUUGUCUACGCUGGUGUUCACCGAAAGAAGGGCUAUUGCAUUGCUAUCAAAGUCAUUGAUAAGCGUCGCUUCAGCUCCAAGCAUGAAGCAGCACUGAAGAAUGAAGUCGAGAUCCUUCAGUCAGUCAAGUAUCCAGGUGUAGUGCAUCUUGAGAACAUGUUCGAGACACCAGAUCGUAUCUUCAUCGUCAUGGAGAAGAUGGACUCGGACAUGUUGGAGACUGUGCUCAGCAGUCCCAAGGGUCGCCUGGAGGAGCGACAGACGCGUUUCCUCGUAGCGCAGAUCGUCUACGCGCUGCAGCAUCUUCACAGCAAGAUGAUUGCCCAUUGUGAUCUCAAGCCGGAGAAUGUGCUGCUUGCCCGCGGUGGCGCCGAUCCUCGAUGCUUGCAGGCCAAGCUGUGUGAUUUUGGCUUCUCUCGCAUCAUCGGUGAAAAGACGUUCCGCAAGACCAUGGUCGGUACGCCCGCAUACCUUGCACCAGAGGUGGUCAAGAACAAGGGUUACAAUCGGUCGCUGGAUCUCUGGUCUGUUGGAGUCAUCAUCUACGUCACCCUCAGUGGUACUUUCCCCUUCAAUGAGGAUGAGGACAUCAACGAUCAGAUUGAGAACGCCGCCUUCAUGUACCCAUCCAAGCCCUGGAAGGAUAUUGGCAACGAUGCCAUCAACCUGAUCAACUGCCUGCUGACAGUUGAGGCACGCAAGCGCUACUCUGCUGCCAAGGCUCUCAACCACCCAUGGCUGUCGAAGAAGGAGUUGCACGAUGAUCUUCGCUUCCUGGAGAAUCACCUGGGCAUGCGCUACAUGACUCAUGAGUCUGAAGAUGAGUACUGGAGGAACAACAGUGACAGUGCCAAGGCACCGGAGAAGGGUGCAGAGUUGCCAGAGGAUACCCUUGUCAUGCCCGAUGCAUAGAGCGGAUACCCUGUCAUGCCUGAUAGAACACCUUCAACCAUUGGCGGUGGAUACCCUUGUCAUGCCCGAUGCAUAGAGUGAAUACCCUGUCAUGCCUGAUAGAACACCUUCAACCAUUGGCUGUGGGAGAUUUCUAUGGCAGUCUACAAAAACUUUCUUGAUUUUGCGCGCUUGUGUACAUCUGAACUGCCCUUCUGCAGUCUACUCUUUCAUUGUUGAUGAUAUAUUCGUAAUUAUAUAAAUAUACUCAGUGCAUAAUUUUAGUUUAGGGGUCUUCCACAAAAAUAUCAAUACGUUUUUAGAGAAGAUAUUGGUUUAUUUUGAGAGAGCUUUGGGCCCUGUACUGUACUUUUCUUGGUGAAAAAAAUAUUGAUCCCUA